UUAUCGAUUUUCUGAAACCAUUCUUACAGAAAAUUUCUCCGCCACUAUGACUUCCCCUCCUUUUCGGUUCCAUUGGUCUCCUACCGACACCUUCCAUAGUUCCAUGGCUUCGUCUACCCUACUUCCGCUCAUCCUCGUUUUCCUGCAUGGUCUCCGCGGCGGCGAUGGCUGCUUCACCGCAAUCUUCAGCUUCGGCGAUUCCAUCGCCGAUACUGGAAACCUUCUCAUCUCCGAACACGGUAAUAUCCAGUCCGCCAGGCCCCCUUACGGCCAGACUUUCUUCAACCGCCCAACCGGACGCUACUCGGAUGGCCGACUUAUUAUUGAUUUCAUCGCGGAGGCUCUGGGAUUUUCUUUUAUGCCGCCCUUCCUAGAAGGGCCUGGCGACGGAGGGUUCCGGCGAGGGGUAAACUUCGCUGUGGCUGGGGCUACUGCGCUCGACGUCCACUUCUAUAGGGAGAGGGGCAUGGACGUCAUACGGACGAACCUCUCUCUGCAGACUCAGUUUGGAUGGUUUAAGGAAUUGCUGCCCUCUAUCUGCUCUACAGAUUCAGACUGCAGGAACUUACUCGCAACUUCACUCGUCCUAGCUGGGGAGAUUGGUGGUAACGAUUUUGCCUACGCAUUUGGACAAGGAAAAUCUCUCAGUGAGCUCAAAUCCUAUGUUCCUAUCGUGAACCAUGCCAUCGGUGUUUUGAUAAACGAUUUGAUCGAACUUGGUGCGAAGACAUUGUUGGUUCCAGGUAACUUCCCCAUUGGAUGCCUUCCGAUAUAUCUCAUUAUGUUUGAGCACUCGGAGGACCAUGACCUGAGCACCGGUUGUAUCAAAUGGUUGAACGAUUUCGCUCAAUAUCAAAACAAGCAUUUGCAGUUGGAGCUCGACCGUCUUCGAGCUCUGCACCCCUAUGCGACCAUCAUAUAUGCUGAUUACUACAAUCCAAUCAUGAACAUAAUCUCCAACCAAAACAAGAAUAGUACUGGAAAAGUGACUUUGGCUGCUUGCUGUGGCGGCGGCGGCCCUUAUAAUUUCGGCAAUCGGGUGCAGUGCGGAGAUGCCAGCGCAAGCGUUUGCGAUGACCCAUCAUUAUAUAUUUCCUGGGAUGGGGUUCACCUCACUGAAGCAGCUUACAGAUUCAUUGCCGAAGGAUUGUUGGAAGGGCCUUUUGCUGAUCCACCUAUAAAAGAAGUAUGCUAUAAAAGAAGUCCGGAUCAUAAGGUCGAUGAUGCCUGACGAAGAUGCUAAUCAAUGCAGUUAAGGAAAGGCAAAAAAUUUGAAAACCAAAAGCUUGGGUUCCCUUAUGCUAUGCCUCUGUUAAUCACUACUAUAAGCCCUGUUAAACCUGUGCAGUAUCUUAACUAGUCGCAAGGGCGUAAAGAUGGACAUGGAUUCGCUAAACCCUAUGCUUGUUUGUGGGGUGUCUAAAAGUAAAAAAACACUCCAAAUUGUGGCGUAUGUCUAAAAAGUAAAAAAACUUCAUUUGUAUAAAACAAUCCAACUCUCUAAGGCUUCGUUUGGGCCGACA